AUGACAUCUACAGCAAGUCGACUGGCCCGUCAGCAAGACAGGGAAUUGGGCAUUGGCACCAACGCACAGGCAGUGAAAUUCUACCAGCAAGAUUAUGAGGCUCUGCGGCAGCAGUGUCUGGAGACCGGCCGCCUGUUUCAGGACGAUCGCUUUCCUCCUGAGCCUAAAUCACUGGGCUACAACCAGCUGGGACCAUACUCAUCAAAGACUAAGGGCAUCGUUUGGAAGAGGCCAACGGAGCUUUGUUCCAACCCUCAGUUCAUUGAUGACGGCGCUACAAGGACGGACAUUCGGCAGGGAACUCUGGGUGACUGCUGGCUCUUAGCUGCCAUAGCUUCUCUGACUUUGGACCAGGACAUUCUGGCUCGUGUGGUGCCUCCUGACCAAAGCUUUACUGAAGGUUAUGCUGGGAUAUUUCACUUUCAGUUCUGGCAGUUUGGUGAGUGGGUGGAUGUGGUGGUUGAUGAUCGUUUGCCCACCAAAGAUGGAAAGCUGCUGUUUGUUCACUCAGCGGAGGGCUCAGAGUUUUGGAGUGCACUGCUGGAGAAGGCCUACGCUAAGGUGUAUGGCAGCUACGAGGCUUUGACAGGAGGAAACACUAUUGAGGGUUUUGAGGAUUUCACCGGGGGAAUUGCAGAAACAUACAACCUAAAAGAGGCUCCAGCAAAUCUCUUUCACAUUAUUCAGAGGGCCCUGAGCCUGGGUUCACUGAUGGGUUGCUCUAUUGAUAUCACCAGUGCCUAUGAGACAGAGGCAGUUACAUCUCUUAAGCUUGUAAAAGGACAUGCAUACUCUGUCACCGGUGCAGAGGAGGUUCAUUUUAAAGGGCAGCAAGUGCAGUUGGUUCGCAUCAGGAACCCAUGGGGUGAGGUGGAAUGGACAGGCCCUUGGAGUGAUGGAUCCAGUGAAUGGAGCCACGUUACUGAAGAUGAGAAGUUGAAGUUAAACAAUGUGGCUGAAGAUGGAGAGUUCUGGAUGUCCUACUCAGACUUCAUCAGAAAUUUCUCCAAGCUGGAGAUCUGUAAUUUGACCCCAGAUACGCUCACUAGUGAUGAUGUGGGUCGCUGGAACUACUGCCAGUUUGAAGGGAUGUGGAGGGUCGGCUCCACUGCUGGAGGCUGUGCCAAUCACCGAGCCACAUUCCCAUCCAAUCCUCAGUUCCUGUUGCGUCUGGAGGAUGUGGAUGAUAAUCCUUUGGAUGGGAAGCACGGAUGCACCUUUCUGGUGGGGUUGAUGCAAAAGGAUGGACGACGGCUGAUGAAGGUUAACCCCAUCGAGACAAUUGGCUUUGCCAUUUAUAAGGUUCCAGAUGAGUACAAAGGUUGCAAAAAUGUCCGCCUCGGGCCUGACGUCCUGCUGCGUCAGAAACACGUAGCCAUGAGCCCCACUUUCAUCAACACACGGGAAGUGUGUGGCCGCUUCAAUCUCCCACCGGGAGAAUAUGCCAUAAUUCCCUCAACCUUCCAUCCCCACAAGAACGGCAGCUUCAUUCUCAGGGUGUUCACAGAAAAAGAGGCUGCAACCAGACGACUGGAGCAGAAAAUUGACGCUAAGAUAAAGGAGGACAAGGUAUCUGAAAAGGAUGUAGAUCCUCAUUUGAAGCAACUCUUCAAGCAGCUGGCUGGCAAUAAUACGGAGGUGUCUGCCUUUGAACUGAUCAAAAUUUUAAACAACGCCGUUUCUCAGCGGUCUGACAUUAAAACUGAUGGAUUCAGCCUUGAGACAGGUCGCCUUAUGGUCAGUCUGCUGGAUAAAGAUGAAAGUGGGAAGUUGGGACUGAUGGAAUUCCAGUUGAUUUGGAAGAAAAUCCAAAAAUACUUGGAGAUCUUCAAGAGUCAUGAUACAGACAAAUCUGGCACCAUGAGCUCCCAUGAGAUGAGAGAUGCUGCCAGUAAAGCAGGGUUCCAGAUCAACAGUGCAGUGCUGAGAGCUGUUGUAAAUCGUUACGCUGAUGCUCAGUAUGCCAUACACUUUGACAGCUUUGUAGGCUGUCUCAUUAAACUGGAAAUGCUCUUCAAAGUGUUUAAGACCCUGGAAAGGGAUGACUCGGGCAAGAUUGAGCUGAACAUGCAGCAGUGGCUGUGCCUGGCAAUCUACUAG